UCAGGCCAAUACGUUUCUUCAAUAUCGCCAGCUUGAUCAUCCGGGUUGCAUGCCUCUACUGUGAGCCAUCACAGCAACAAUUUGCUAUACAUUUCAUACAAAAUUGCAAAGCCAACACGUCUUAUUGAAGAUGUGGAAAGAUGUCUUCAGACAAGCCUCUGUCUCUGCUCCCACUUCUGGAGAGAUGCAGAUCGACUUCAUUGAAAGACAGAAAGGCCGCGUUGGUUGAACUCUCUAAGAAAUUUCGCGCGUAUGGCAGCAAUAGCAGUCACUUCCAGUGCAAGACCGCCGAAUAUCUUGACGUCUUCAACCAAAUAUUUCGAUGCGCUAUCGAUGAGCAUGCCACAUACAGCAAAGCCAAGACAGACAAGACCCGUACAAUUGUUGAGGAGCGUUUGGUUCUUGUGUCAGAAGCCCUCAGGUUUGCCAUUGAAGCUUGCUUACAUUUCAUGGGCUAUAUUGUGGUGACUGCAAUCCUUGAUCAUGUCUUGCAAUUGCUCAUGCCAACUUCGGGCGAACUCUGUGAGCCACUGGCUAUCGAAUACUCCAAGUGCGUACGGAUCAUACUCAGCUAUCCACCUCAUGUAGAGCAUCUGAACACUGCUGCAAAUUCGGCACGAGAGGCCAAAAAUAACGAUUGGACAAUGAUUGCCGAUUUCUGUAUCGGGUCUGUCGAGCAAAUGGUAGGCGAAAGCGCUGACGGUGAAUUCGCAGCUGCUGCGGGAAGUGAAUCUGUUGCGGUGAGAUCGAGCAACUAUUCGAGCUAUCGCGGUAUGAUUGCAUCACAAAGCGAUCGACUUCUGAUCCGGCAAGUCGCCGAAGAUAUGAUUGUGUGCUUACAAUUCUUGACCGGUGUACCCAACGCACCUGUACUCACCAAAGCUCAGGAUAUUACGCGGGUCCUUAUAUGUUGGUUGCAGAGUUCAUCAAGCUCUGGGCGCCAGCGUUUGCCAGCAUUCGUCGCCAUCAAACAGCUACUAAUGCGUGUAAGGACAGAAGAUACCAAACUUACAGAGGCCUUAACAUAUGACCUCGUGCUUAUCAUACGAAAGUCCUGGCCCUCUUCCACUUCUGGCAAUUCAGCUUUGAGGGAAGAAAUGCUGAAGAUUCUUCUUCUGCUCCGCCCUUACUUUUUCGUUUUGUCGGAUCAAUCACAAUCGGGGGUUUUCCGGCGAGAGUUGCAGGCUCUUCUGCUUGCAAUUGAAUCUGAAUACGCAACGCGCAAAGGGUCCAAGGUGCAUCUUAGCAGCGACGAUCUCCGUUGCGAGCUCACUUUGCGUAGCGAAGAUCAUAGAACUAAAGUGGCGUCAUUGCUUUUCAGCCUUCAAUCUCAGGGAGCCGAUCACAACUGGAUUCUCUUGUGUACACUCGCAACUGUGUACGCUGCUCUUGGAAAAACAUCGGCUGAAGAGAGUGUCGACAGGCGCGACUCUGAAGAUCUCAUCGGAGACUCAGACGGACCUCCACGUUCCAAACGGCAGCGCCGAAGUGAUGAGUUUGGCGAUCUUCUUGCUCGGACAACGACUGGAGAGCUCGUGAGUAGAAUUUCUGCAUUGCAGACACUGACUUUCUAUUCCGAGCAAUACCCACUACCCCCAUCCCAGGUUUCGUCUUGUCUGGAAAAACUGCAAGAGACAUGUGCAGAGAACAGCGGGCCUGUGAAUUGCUGGUCGUUCUUCGCCCUAGCCAGUCUGGCCACACAAGACUGCUCCGCAAACUCUGAACUCGCUCAGCAAUGGAACACAGUCUGGCAGCUCGCAGUGCGCGCUCUGACAGACUCGCAAUCCUGCCGCGCAGCAGCUUACAGUCUUUAUGUCAUGUUUGCCUUAAAUUUGGUGACACGAGCGGGCGUUAACGAAUUGGUACAGACAAUGACGAAUACAGUCGAUUUAACCGGUCCUGCCCUUUUAGCCGACUCUGUGAGCUUACUGUUGCCGAUCGUGGUCAAACAAUCACAAGAAUCAGGUACAGAUUUAUCUUUGAGGACCACAAACAGCAUCGCCGGCUGGUUCAGUCGGGUUUACACACCCAGCAGGUUUAUGGAAAGAACGACGUCAUCGGACAACAAUUCAUCAAAGACUGCAGACGUGAUGUCUUUGAUUUGCUCUUGUCUGGGUCAGAAGGCCCAUUUGAGACACACGAUAGCCUUCCCGCUCUGGGAUACGACCACAUCAGUAUGGAUUCGCUGUGUUUCCGAGAAAGAUCUUGUCAGCUAUUUGCUGUUGUCUCCGACGGAUGAUAGAACUCGCGCCCGCCAGGCAUUCAACGACCUCCUGGCAUGCCCCAUUAACACAUCCACUGCAAGAGUCAAUUCGCAAACAUCGAUCCUUACACAUCUUAUCACAGAACUGACCCGGAUAAAUGAAAUCUGGCAAAUGCCCACAGAUGAGAAAAUCCGCCUCACCAGUUCGAGCUCGCUUGCGCAAAUUUGCAGAUUUUGCUGUGUCAUUGUCUGCUCAGCCUUCUGCUGUGCAUUUCGCGAUGUUCGCCGACAAAGCGAAUUGCAGAAACAGGCUCGUUUGCUUCUGGAAGCGAUCUGCGAAGUCAUGAGCAGCAUCCAAUGUCCCCGCGCUACUGUUGACAUUUUACUUGUUGAAUUUUCAUCGGUGUUGUCUGGGGUACAAGAUCGAGACGAAGAUCGAACAUCGGGGCAUCUGCAUUGUCUCUUCGAGUGUGAAAAGAUAAUAUGUGCCCAGCUUUCCGAAGCGCUUGAUGCGAGGCAAAUCUCCGAAGAUAAUUUGGGCGAUGAAGACCAGAUGGACAUCGAGAUCAUGGCAGAGUCACAGGAAAGCAGAGCAGGCAAGUCGAACGCAUCUACAACAGAGAACUGGCUAGGCCUGGACACUCCUUUCUGCUUGAUCUCGAUGCGGUAUGGAGUAGCAUUGUACGCCAAAGCAGUGGUUUUGAUUCAGCAGCAGCAAGACUCAAUUGAUGAAAAUUUCAGCGCCGCGAGCCUUAUAAGUGAUUACAUCCUUGACCAGCCGCCCGAGGCUAUUCUGGCUUGCUCCGGUCCGAUCGCCAUUCUUCCUUCUUUAGGCAUGCUCUUCAGCACGGAAGACACCAAGCGUGUACUGGAACGUUUUGUCGCCAAUCAGCGUUACUAUGCCUUUGUCCGAUCUGAGGUUGCAAUCGGCAGUCUGGUCGACAUCAUAUCCAGCUUCAAGAUGAUAUGGAGCAGUCAAGAUGAUGAGGAACUGUACAAUCUUGGUCUCGACGUCUACGAUUGGUGCGCUUCGAUUAUUCGUGUCAGCGGGGUACUAUCACCAGCAAGCCAGAAGCGACUGGCUGCAUUCCUUCUCGAUCUAUGUCAGACUCAUCCAGACUACGUAAAGGGCAUGGAUAUGCCUUCUCCUCGCACUUGUCUUUUUAGUCUCAUACAAAGAGGAUGCAUCGGCGUGCAACAUUUCCUGACAAGUCGGGUUCCGGCCAUGUUUAGCAAGUUUACUCUGGCAGCCCACGAUGCCAUGUUCGACGACCUCCAGUCCAGUCUGCCUGCAGAGGCAGAAUGGAUCGAAGGUAUUGCUAUGCGGCUUCUGUACCUUUCGGAGUUGGCCUCGGCGUGGCAUUCCCUGCUGAGACGAUGCGUAUAUUACUUGUUCGAGACGGCAGGGCGCGUGCAGAAAUCUUUGAAACAUGCGACUUGGUGCAUUAAUAACCUCGCCCGAUCACUUCCGCUCAAGAUGCCUCAGAAACUCUUCUCCACUUUCGCUCCACAAUUAUUGCACACUUGGCUCGAAUCGAGCCAGCUCUCGGAGCUCCCAUUCGCUGCAUUCCAGUACGUGUCACUCAAUGAGCUAUUGGUAGCAAAUGAGUCUGAAGUGUGUGCCCAACUGAUGAUGCGAAAUGCGGUUGAUGAUUGGACGGUCAUGUCAAAAGCUUUGAAGAUGCUGCCCAACGACAUUAUCAAGAAGUCCUUCGCUAAAUCGCUCGCUUACGCCAUCGGACGCGACAUAUCCAGACCACAACAAAAUGCUGCCGAAUCUGUGGAGCAAAAGUUACGAGACGCGGUGGGUGGGAAGGAGACUUACCGUGCCUUGAUAUCGCAAGUCUUCCCUACGACUAUGAGUUACCUUUAUCUCUGUAUGCAGCAAGAUGACUUCCAGGACUCUUGGCUUGAGAAGAGACCUGCAUUUACGAAAGCCUUCGAGGCCCUCAAGAAGAUGAAGGAUUUCAGCCACUCAGUACGCGUGCUACCGCCCAGUCAACAGCCAUCCUUUCGCAGUAAGUAUCUUUGUGACCAAAUUGAACGACUUUGCAGAAGAGUGGGAGCCGACCCAACCAAACCAUGGAACCCUUCGUCAUUCAUGCUCGCUGCUCGCAUGCUCAUUGACACUGUGGAGCCGUCACUCGGGCCUUUACAUGCAUGCCUAGUCAUCCGCAGACUUCGGGUGUUGAUCGCUAUGGCUGGUGAUGUGGCAUGUACUGGACUUCCGCUGGAGAUGCUCAUUCAUUUCCUGCGAUCCUUUGUAAGUGACAGCGAAUGUGCUGAUGACACCCUAGGUAUCUUGCGAUACCUUUUUGAUCAUGGAAUUGAUCAUUUACGAUCAACACCAAAAUUCUUCAUUGGUGCCGUCAUUCUACUUAUCCUCCGCAUGAGGCAGCACUCCAGGCAGGAGCAAGAAAGUACAACCUUGGAGAGUCAGCACCGGAGUACUAUUGAACGCAUGCUCCAAUUUCAAGGAUGGCUGGUCGAUCUGUUGACGAGAAAUAUUGGAGACAUUUUGGACCAUGCUGAUUUCACCGGCGCCCUCGCAUUGUUGCGUCUGCCCGGCAACUCGUGCAAAGGGAGUGCUGAAAGUCGAUUGUUGGUAUUUCUGCUCCAGCAGUGGUCUUUCCCCACACUUUGUUCUGAAUGGGACGCCUCCGAGGCUGUAAGCAUCCUGUCCGAGCAGUUUGAAAUAUCACUUUCUACAGAUCAAGAUUGCUUGGGGGACGAUACACUCGCUAUCCAGUAUUCUCCGCAACUCUUCGACAUUGCUCUCAACGUCACUCUAGGAGAUACCUUUCUGGCGUGGCUCGCCUGUGUUCUUGGGCGAGCCUACGCAGCUAGUGGAAAGGUACCACGCGUAAAGCAGCAAUCAGAGUUGCAUACGGCCGUGGCCCCACCAAAGCCUCCAAGGCCAGAAGAUGCCGCCAACUCAGUGUCAAUGAUUGCUUCGAGGCUUACAAGGCUAAUCUACAGUCGAAAACAGAGCGAAGCUGGUCUGGCCGAGUUCACAUUGCGUACCAUAACCAAAUCAAUCUCCGAUGCGACAGAACUACUUGCAUUUGAACAAGUGUUGCCAGAGAUCAUCCAGUUGGCUAUCCAAGGUGGCACGUUCAAAUACGAGCCCAAAGACGUGUCAGAUUCUACGAUCUUGGGUGCUUCCUACACCGCGAAAUCUAUUCAGCAAGCUUUUGAGCCAUCGAGUUCCGAGACGAUCGAAGUUUGGGCCACUGCUGUAGCUGUGGCCAUCUGCACGGAGGCUUUAAAUAUACCUGUGGUAAAUUCGAUGGUCCCGAUUUGUGCAAACGUUCCUGGACUUGCGCUUGAGAUACUUCCCUUUCUAAUACACAUCCUGUUGACGAGAGAGCUUGGCAAGAAGCCGAUCAUACGAGGAAUUCUGUCAAAGGCGGCAAUGUUACAUUUCAAAGAAGAAGAUCCAGCAUUUCAACCGAAGCAGUGUUUCUUUCUGAAAUUAUUGUUGUACCUCCGCAGUCAGCCAAUGCCGAGCGAAUCAACACAAGUCGAUCGACUUCAAUGGCUGGAGGUGGAUCUUCAACUUGCCGCAAGUGCUGGUGUUCGAUGUGGGAUGCAUGCUGCUGCGCUCUUGUUUGCAGAAUCCAUCAGUCCUCUACCACAACCCAAUAGGCGAACAUCGGCACGCUCUACCGGUUAUUCAGAGCAGGAGCUAUCUAUUUUGCCUGAUAAAUUACUGCUCGAGAUUUUCUCCAAGCUGGAGGAACCUGAUUCUUUCUACGGUGUGAAGCAAGAGGCUACACUCGACGCAGUUCUUGGACGUCUGGACUAUGAGAAAAAUGGAACUGGGAGUCUGAUGGUUCGUGCAGCGCAAAUGGACAGUCGAAUGCAGACGACUCAUCAACUCAUACCGUCCGACGUGGACGGGCUGGUGCACUCUUUGUCAGCCUUAAAUCUCAAGAGCUUGACCUAUAUUCUAGUCAACAAUGGACUGGCAUCAUCAACAGCGAGCUCCGAUGCAAUGCUUGAUGCAGCUCGGUCUUUGCAGCAAUGGGAUGUAAAUCGAUUGGAAACCAACGUCAGGCCAGAGGCGAUCAUAUACGAUGCUUUCCAAGAACUCAGCCAAAGCAGCAGCAUAGAUCAUCUCCGAGACAAGGUUCGAAACGCUGUCAAGAGCACGGCGAAAUAUGGAGUGGAGCUUGCGAGAUCAGCUCUUAUCUCACAGUCCUGGUUUCGAUCGCUGGCUGUGCUUUCUGAGUUUACAGAACUUCUGUCAGUCGCCGACGAAUCGGAGAUGGCAUCACUAUUGAAAACAGUGCGUUCGCGUCAGGAAUGGAUGCAAACGGGACAAUACGAGGACGUGCAUGCGAUUCUCUCUUCGCGAGAAACCGCACUUGCCGUGCUCGCAGAAAAUGGUAAAUUGGGACAUUCUAUGCACGUUGGUCGAAAGGGGGUGUUGAAGCUGCAAGUCGAAGCCCUUCUUGAUGUUUCUAAAUUCGCACGCGAACAAUCACGUUUGCAAGAAGCUAUGACCGCAACGGCAUCACUCUCCGAUAUUGUGAGCAAAUGCAGAGAUAGCGAACUCAGCGUCAGCGUUGCAGCUCAGGCAGAGACGGCGUACGUACUUUGGAAAGCUGGAGAGGCAACCACCUCGAUCCAAAUUCUACGAACCGUGUUGGAUACUACAGACUUUGAGUUGCAAGACAUACCAAUCGGCCGGCCGAGUUUACUGGCCCAGCUUGGACAUCAGCUUGCGGAAGCGCGUUUAGAGAAGCCAGAGGAUAUUCUCCAGCUCUAUCUCCAACCCGCAAUCAAUCAGCUAGAGAAUCGUCGAGAGGGCGCAGAGGCUGGUCAAGUAUACCACGAAUUUGCCACAUUCUGUCACAACGAGCUACAAAGUCAUAGUAAUUCCGAGAAUUUCCUGCGAGUCGAGAAGCUUCGUAAUCGAAAAAUGGACGAGGUCACAGAGCUCAAAGCUGGCAUCGAGAAUUCAAAGAAGGGAAGCCGCGAACGCGAAGACUACGAAAGGUCUUUGAGGAAGGCGAAUCAGUGGUUUGCUAUUGACGACGCGGAAUACCAAAGAUUGAAGCAGACGCGGGAUAUGCACAUUCGACAAAGCUUACAAAAUUACCUGCUGACACUGCAGGCUUCUGACAAGUACGAUGCAUCGGUCCUGCGAUUCUUCACACUGUGGCUUGAAAAUUCGGAAGAUCUGUCAUCGGGAGACAGCAUUGCGAAACACUUGCCAAACGUGCCCAGCUGGAAGUUUGUCCUUCUCAUGAAUCAACUGAUGUCCAGCCUCGAACACAAUACAUCUACUUUCCAAAACACAUUGCGCGCGCUGGUGCUUCGAAUCUGUUCCGAACAUCCCCAUCAUGGUCUUCACCAUCUCUUUGCUUCGUCCAGACGGCCGGAAGGAAGCGAUACUGCGGCAAGGUCGAGAUACAGCGCAGCAAAAUCUAUAGCCUCCGAGAUACAGAAGACUCCUCGGGCUGGCUCUAUUCUUCGUCAUGUCUUUGCAGCGAACAAAGAUUACGACGAUUUAGCGUGCAGCGGCAAACUUGACAAAGGUCGGACGAGAGAGGCGGUGAAAAACUUCGCCCCGGCCACGAAAGUGGCAACAAACAUCCCACGAUUACAAGUACCUCCAGCUACCAUCACGCUUGCGACUCGUCCUAGCUGCGAUUACGGAGAUGUGCCAAUUGUCAUCAGAUUUAGCCCAAGUUUCGAUAUCAUGAGCGGUCUCAGUGCGCCAAAGGCGUUAAAGGCUACGGCAUCAGAUGGUCGAGUGUACAAACAGCUGUUCAAAAGUGGCAACGAUGACCUGCGUCAAGAUGCCAUUAUGGAGCAAGUGUUUGAAGGUGUCAGUAAGAUGUUGCGGAACCACAGAGCGACGCGUCAACGCGAUCUCAAAGUGAGAACCUACAAAGUCAUCCCAUUGUCCACAAACUCGGGAAUUAUCGAAUUUGUUCCCAACUCCAUCCCUAUCAACGAAUUUCUUCGUCCGGCACAUAAAAAGUACCAUCCCAAAGACUGGUCUGAUAGCAAGGCUCGUGAUGACAUUAGGCAUGCGCAGCAGGAUGCUACUGCUACUCGAGUCCAGGUGUUCCGCAAGAUCUGUCAAAACAUGCGCCCUGUCCUACGACACUUCUUCCUCGAGCGGUUUAACGAUCCGGACGAAUGGUUUGAGCGGCGGACAGCGUACACGCGAACCACGGCCAGCGUUUCGAUGCUCGGCCAUGUCUUGGGUUUGGGCGAUCGACACUGCCAUAACAUCCUGCUCGAUGAAGGCACUGGAGAAAUUGUGCACAUUGACUUGGGAGUUGCAUUCGAGGCCGGUCGUGUUCUCCCUAUCCCGGAACUUGUGCCCUUCCGUCUCACGCGAGAUAUUGUUGACGGCAUGGGCAUCACUAAGACCGAGGGUGUGUUUCGGCGCUGCUGCGAAUUUACAAUGGAUGCACUACGGGAGGACAAGAGCAGUAUCAUGACACUGCUGAAUGUACUAAGAUACGAUCCUUUGUACAACUGGACAGUGUCUCCGUUGCGAGCGAAGCACAUGCAAGACGCUCAGGAGACCGGCCAGGAUAUAGCUGGCUCUUCCCGCAAGAAAGGUGACGAAGCUGGCGAGGCUGAUCGAGCACUUUCGGUGGUUGAGAAAAAGCUGUCCAAAACGCUCAGUACGGCAGCAACCGUUAACGAGCUUAUCCAACAGGCCACGGACGAAAGAAAUCUUGCGACAUUGUUCUGUGGAUGGGCGGCGUACUUCUAGACUGUGUAGCAUUCUCAAACAUUAAUUUUUGAUCAUUUCAUGGGCGAUUUGGCAUUUUUUCGAAUUUACUUAGAUGGCACAUCACAUGCUGAGAUACUCAGCAGCGGUGGAUAAUGCCCUAUCUUUUGGAACCGUGAGGCAUUGGGU